CACGUAUCUCAAUGCGAAACCCACCUCCCUCCACGUGGGCCCUACCGCCCCUACCGUACAACCCAACGUAGGUGCCACGUGCAACUACGAUCAGGCAUACUUCUCCUAUACACCCUUGUUUUGCCAUACUCUUCCUAUAAAGUUGCCGUCAGGCGACAAUAUCCACUCAACAGUCCCUCUCUCUCUCCUCUCUAUUUCUCUCUGAAAAAAAAACUCAAAAAGCUGUGUCCUGUAACGUUCAAAACCUCAUAGAUUCCUCGGAAAAGUCUCCACCACCACCUCCGCCAUCGUCACCAACACCGCCCCGCCGCCGCCGCCGACGCCACUUGGGAUCUAAAGGGCUGAGGGGUGGGGGAAGCUUUAUGAGUGAGCAUGCUGUGAUGAGAAGAAGAUGGGCGGAGUGACGUCGUCGAUCGCCGCGAAAUUCGCCUUCUUUCCGCCGACCCCGGCGUCCUACGUAGUAGUGGCCGACGAAUCAUGCGGUGGCAGAUUGUACAUACCGGAGGUGCCCAGGAGGGAUGACGUGGACGUGUUGAAGCUCAGGACCAGAAGGGGGAACGAAAUCGUGGCCGUACACGUCAAGCAUCCCAAGGCGACCGCCACUCUCCUCUAUUCUCACGGUAAUGCCGCCGAUUUGGGUCAGAUGUUUGAGCUCUUUGUGGAAUUGAGCCUUCGUCUUCGAAUCAAUCUCAUGGGGUAUGACUAUUCUGGCUAUGGACAAUCAACUGGAAAGCCAUCAGAAUGUAAUACAUAUGCAGACAUUGAUGCAGUAUAUAAAUGCCUUAAGGAGCAGUACGGGGUUAAAGAUGAGCAAUUAAUAUUAUAUGGUCAGUCUGUUGGUAGUGGUCCUACAAUUGAUCUUGCUUCACGUGUAUCAAACUUGAGAGGUGUGGUCUUACAUAGCCCAAUUUUGUCUGGGUUGAGGGUCUUGUACCCUGUCAAACGGACAUACUGGUUUGAUAUUUACAAGAAUAUUGACAAAAUUGGUAUGGUGAGAUGUCCUGUUCUUGUAAUUCAUUGGUGGAUCACAGCAGAAAGUAGUUAAACUCCAAUUCAGAGAGUUUUCUUUGAAGCAAAUUCAGUGAUAAAGCUAGUAUUUUAUCUUCAGGGGACGGCUGAUGAAGUUGUUGAUUGUUCCCAUGGGAAGCAGCUUUGGGAGCUUUGCCAGGAAAAGUAUGAACCAUUAUGGUUAAGUGGAGGUGGACAUUGCAAUCUUGAGCUUUAUCCAGAAUUCAUUAAACAUCUGAAAAAAUUUGUGCUGACUAUUGGCAAAUCGAAGGCGGCCACAAAUGGUUCUAAAAAAACAGCAGUAGACUCUGACAGUCAGAGCAAGACAUCUGAAAGUGGAACUUCAGAUGCGUUUGAAUUGAGCACUGACCUUCCAGAAGCAUCUAGAAACAGUUUAGAUAGUCGACUUGAGAAGUCAAAGAAGACGAACAAGCCUGAAAAAUCUCGGAUGAGCACUGACCAUGUUGACAGGUUUAGGAGAAGAAAAGGCUUAGUCUGGUGACUCCUACACGAAGAGUGUUCUAAAUAAGUUUUUGUGCUAAUAACCACUUGAGAAGGUAUUUAUUCUUUGCUUGUGCUCCUGUAUGAUGCAUCAACUCUAAACAACAAGUGUUGUCAAAUUGAGUGUGACUCUUCAUAUGAAAUGUUCCAAGUCAUGUGUAUUGCUCAGAGGAUAAAUUGAUAAUGGGAAGGAGCUUGCAUCUGUAUUUCUUCUGUAAAAUUAAUAGUUUUGAACAUGGAAUAUCUUGCAGUUCCAUCAAUCAUGUUACUUCAAAUUUGUUGGUUCAAUCCUUCGAUGUUUCUUGCAUUCUGUGAUGGAAAACAUCAGACAAAUCCAUGAGAUCUUUACAUCAA